CUUUUACAAUCCGGAAGCAGGUGCUUGGGCAUGCGUCGUAGAAAUCUCAUCGGUUGCAUGACUUAGCGAAGUGAGGCGACUAGGCUUAACAGAACGAAGUAAACUAUGAGUUCCAUUGGAACAGGUUAUGACCUGUCAGCUUCUCAGUUUUCACCUGAUGGACGUGUUUUCCAGGUGGAAUAUGCUCAAAAAGCUGUUGAAAACAGUGGGACAGCAAUAGGCAUUCGUGGCAAGGACGGUGUUGUAUUUGGUGUGGAAAAGCUGGUUACAUCAAAGUUGUAUGAACCAGGUUCAAACAAGCGUAUCUUCAAUAUUGACAAACAUAUAGGAGGGGCUGUGGCUGGUCUUCUCUCUGAUGCACGCCACCUGGUGGACCAGGCCCGGGAGGAGGCAUCUAACUACAGAUACAACUAUGGCUCAUCCAUUCCCCUCAAGCACCUGACAGACCGAGUGUCCAUGUACGUCCAUGCCUACACACUAUACAGCUCGAUCAGGCCAUUCGGCGUUGGCGCCAUCCUCGGCUCCUUUGAAGCAGAUGGUCCUCAGAUGUACCUGAUAGAUCCUUCAGGUGUAUCAUGGGGUUACCAUGGCUGUGCUGUUGGAAAGGCAAAACAGAAUGCCAAGACUGAAAUAGAAAAACUGAAGAUGAAAGAUAUGACCAUGCAGGAACUUGUGAAAGAAGUAGCAAAAAUAAUUUAUAUUGUUCAUGAUGAAGUGAAAGACAAGGCUUUUGAACUUGAGCUCAGUUGGGUCGGAGAAGGUACUGGUGGAAAACAUGAGCUUGUACCACGAGAGGUUUUCACAGAGGCAGAGAAGUAUGCGAAGGAAGCACUUGAGGAGUCUGAUGAUUCUGAUGAUGAAGAGUUAUAGUAACAUGAUCCGGGGUUCUCACAUAGACAUUUUCAUAGACUCACGUCCAUCAUAAUGGUCAACAUCAGUCAAGGCCAGCUGCAUGUGAUGUUACUGGACUUCAAGGAGGACUCACACUUUACCAUAUUGUCAACAUGUGCUGCAAGAACUUCAGGAGUGUUUAAAUAGUACAGACAUUAAAGCUGAAUCAGUACUGUAUGUUAAGAAGACAGUUACGGAAAAGUAAUUAAUCAGCAGCACAUCUUUGUUAAGGAAGCCAUUUGACUAUGAACUGAUCUGUAUGCAAGGAAUUUAAGAGUGAUGUUAAUGUUAAGAAGCUAACAUUCAUGAUGUUCUUCCUUUUUUUUUUCAUGUGAGUUUUGCAUUGCAUUGUUAUGUGUAUACUAUAUUUUCAACUUGGUCCAUGUGAUCAAAUAAAAUCAUCAUCAGUA